GUGCUGGUUGUGGUCGUGCCCGUGUGGAGACUCAAGGGAUUGGCUGGUCGCUUGCAGGAAGCCCAACUUGGAAUUAAUUUUGAGUUUGUGCCUGGAGCACGAGGAACAACAGGGGGAAGAGGGGAGUUUUCUCUUGUGCUCUUGCUUCUCAUUGUGUUGACGUCAUCAUCAUGGAUAAGACCUUUACUGAAUUGCAUAACGUAAAUAUCUUGGGAUCAGGGCAAGAAACGAUUGUUCUGGGCCAUGGAUUUGGAUCAGAUCAAACAUGCUGGAGGCACUUGGUUCCACAUCUCGUCAAACACUAUCGGGUAGUGCUUUUCGAUAUGGUGGGUGCGGGGAAGAGUGACUUUUCCUAUUUCUCCUUCUCUCGCCAUGGAACAUUGCACGGUUUUGCGGACGACCUGUUGAACAUUCUUGAUGAGCUGGAGAUAGAUUCCUGCAUCUACGUUGGACAUUCUGUAUCCGGUAUGGUGGGGAUGCUUGCAUCUAUCGAGCAGCCGCAACUCUUUCAACGUAUUGUUGCCAUGAUGUCGUCUCCAAGGUACCUCGACGAACCAGCAUCAGGAUAUAUUGGAGGGUUCUGUCAAGAUGACCUCAAUCAACUGUUCCAGGCCAUGCAGCAGAACUUCUUUGCCUGGGUGUCUGGCUUUGCACCCUUGGCUAUUGAUGGAGAUGUGGAAUCAGAGGCUGUGCAAGAGUUCAGCCGAACCCUUUUCAGUAUGCGACCAGAUAUUGCCCUUGCCACAGCCAAGGCCAUAUUCCAGUCUGACUGCCGGUCCGUCCUGCCACUUGUCACCUGCCCUGUGCACCUCCUCCACUCAACCAAGGACUAUGCCGUACCAGGUUAUGUAGGACAUUACAUGCAAGCAAAACUAUACAAUUCUGCAUCGCUUCAUAUGGAAUUCAUGCCGACCUAUGGCCACUUACCGCACAUCAAGAUGCCAGGAGUUGUGAAUCCAUACUUGUUGCGGCAUAUCUGGAUGAAGUAUGAUGAAGAAAAGGGCCAGGAAGUGCAGGGACGGGUGCCACAUAGGCAGUUCGGGGCAGAUGAUGUGGCUGCAGAUCACCACUAGGGUGUUCACCCCGGAAAAAAACUAGCAGUACUGCACCGUUGUUGCCAGAUUAGUACUAUUGUCGGGGCAACAAUUUUUUGUCUGCAUGAUGGUGGUAUGUCAUCCAAGGAGUCUUGCUUCUUGGAAGCCAUACUUGUGGUGAAAAUAGUAGUAUAACUCCCGUCCACCCUAUUUCAGCAAUCAAGCCUAUCAAUCAGCCACCCGGCUACCGAUAAGGUGUUUACUACCAGAAAUUACACUGGUUCAGGCGUUGAGCAGUCUGCCACAGGGAUGGUGCUGUGUAUAAGCUGGUGGCCUAUGUGAUACUGGAUCACAAGAUUCACAAGACACAGAUAAGCUGUUGGAAUAACUGGUGACUGAGGUGGUUGUGAGACUCUACGUCAGGCAGUGCUCUGUGUGAUGAGGGCAGUCAUCGGGAUGUCAGAGAAUACUGCAGUUCCCUACGUUCUGGAAGCAGUUUCAGUCUUCUGGGAAUUCAAAAUCAUGAAAUUUUCUCUUAUCGGUUGGGAUUUUAUCUUGCAUAUGUAACAUCAGCAGGUUUGUUGCUGUCUCCGUCUCGCAUGAAACGUUCCAGUCCAUCAGCAGGUUUGUUGCUGUCUUACCCAUGUAUUUAUUCCAACUCUCAAGUCCGAGCGUCAAGGAAGGUUGGCAGAUGGGUUAGAACGUUCCAUGUGACUCCCAACAGACGAAGGACGGUUGUACGUCGCUAUCCGUGGGAUAGUGGAUGUACGUAACGUGGCAGUGUGCAUUCCAUAUUACCUGAGUGGACCUCCAAGGUCUGCAGCCUUUCCUUAUCGGUUGGAGGAACGUGCAGCUCAGCAUCUGCCUAGCUGUUUUAUCCAUAACGAAUUCUGCAUUUUUGAAGUUAUGGUCUGUAGCCUACCACAGAGCUCACCACAAGGGGCUGCAGUGGUGAAAGAAGAGCUGGGUGAGAAGUUUGCUUAGGGGAGGAACUGCGCAGUACGACAAAGGGAGAGCGACAGGACAAAGGGAGUGCGACAGGGCCUGGCUGACGUGGCUAAGAUUUGCAUCACUAUGUCAUGUCGUCGGCAGGCUGAGGAAUACUGCAGUCCGAUCUAUUUAUGGAUGCUGGCUUUCUUCUCAGAUGGAUGGACAUUAUGUUCAAAUAACUGAAAUGGUUUGCACAGGCUACAACACUGAUUGUUGAUGACAGGAGGUUAGUUGUGGCCCUGAUUUUGGGGCGAGACUGGUCUGAUGAUGGCGACAAUGCCGGCGUGUUUGUCUUUUUUGGUUAGCCAUCACGGUCUACAUAGAUGUUUGUGAGGCCAAGUUCGAAAACAAAUCGGGAGAACCAGUUUUGAUGUGGGGCCGAAGCAAAUAAUAUCUAGGAUUGUACAGAAUGCACACUAAAAAAAGGAGGUACAGACAUGCAGUAAAAAGCUGAAAGUCAUCGUCUCAUCUUCUUUUCUUGUCCUCACACCUUGUUGUCCUGUCCUUGUUGUGCUUCUGCCAUUCUCUCCUUGAACAAUCAAGGUACAUUCAAAAC